GAGAAUACGUUGGGACAACGACGACGACAUUGGGGACCUGGUGGGCCGGUUUGAUGUCAUCAUCUCGGCUGACUGCCUAUUCUUUGACGAGGGACGCCAGCCACUUGUCAACACAAUCUGGAAACUUUUAGGAGACAAGGGCCUCGCCGUGAUCCUGGCACCAUCUCGGGGGCGAACGUUCCAGCACUUUGUGGAGCUAGCGCAGUCACGGUUCUACGUUGAAAUACUCAUGGCCUACGACACCUGCGUCUGGGAGCUCCAUGCCCGGUAUCAGCAGGAAAGACCAGACAUCUAUGACGCCAACCUUCACUAUCCACAGAUGCUCAUCCUCCGCAAGAUACUUACGGCAUGAGCGUCAUCUCAGUGCAAUCGCCUAAGAAACUCAAGGGGAAAAAGUGAAAACAUAAAAAAAGCGAACAGAGUCGACUCUAGUCCUGACCAGACGUCCGCCACCGACCGCCGCCAUCUUGGAAAAAGACUUUCAGGACCAACUGUUGUAUAGAAAAUAGGGAACUUAAAAGGAACAACCGCAUGCUGCGUGUUUUAUGUAUCCGAAGAAAAAAAAACAGAAAUCUGUGUGUUUGUGUGGAUGUAAUGUGUUUGUUGUUCAGAUGUUUUCAUGGUCUCGCCACCAAAUGUUUAAAAAUCUAACAUCAUCUCAUGUAGUGAAGUGUUAUAAAUAAGAGCAAUUUAUUGCGGAGGAACCUGAUCUAAUACAUGUUGUAAAUAACAAGUUAUUUUCGGGAGAGAAAAAUUAUCAUCACGGGGCAGGGCCCCAUAGUGCAUUUAAUCCUGCCGUCUCACAAUCUUUGCCAGAUGUCUACGAAUAAUGUCAUCUCGCAUGAAACAAGGUGUUCACGAAAAUAAUUUAUUGAAGAGAAAUCAUUGUAUUUAUUAAAGCCUUGAAUAAAGGUUGUUAUUUUGAAGAA